GGCUUUCAGUGGCAUCUGAGGGUGGUCUGUGACCAAUAGGCAUGGGGAACAUCUCCUUUUGGGAUGAUCUGAACAGCUCCUGCAGCAACACAGGCAACAGCUGCUACCUAGAAAACAGCAUGAGAUUCAACUUCACCCUCCAAGAGCAGGCACCUGAUUUCUACGUUGUCCUGCCUGUGAUCUACUCUGUGAUCUGUGCUGUGGGGCUCACAGGCAACACUGCUGUCAUCUAUGUGAUCCUCAAGGCCCCCAAGAUGAAGACUGUGACCAACAUGUUCAUCCUGAACCUCGCUAUCGCUGAUGACUUGUUCACCCUUGUCUUGCCCAUCAAUAUUGUGGAGCACCUCCUCCGCUACUGGCCCUUUGGAGAAAUCCUUUGCAAGGUCAUCUUGUCCAUAGAUCACUACAACAUCUUCUCCAGCAUUUAUUUCCUGACAGUGAUGAGCAUAGACAGGUACCUGGUGGUGCUGGCUACAGUCAGGUCCAAGAGGAUGCCCCACCGCACGUACCGAGCGGCCAGGAUUAUCAGCCUGUGCAUCUGGAUCCUGGUCACCAUCAUAGUCCUCCCUUUCAUCAUCUUUGCCAACGUCUACACCGACGACCUGGAGAUCAAGAGUUGUGGUCUCAAUUUCCCCAAGCCCGAGAGGUUUUGGUUCAAAGCCAGCAGGAUCUACACCCUCAUCCUUGGCUUUGCUAUUCCAGUAUCCACCAUCUGCAUCCUCUACACCAUGAUGCUCUACAAGCUGAGGAACAUGCACUUGAACUCCAAUGCCAGAGCCCUGGACAAAGCCAAGAAGAAAGUCACCAUUAUGGUCUUCAUAGUUCUGGCUGUGUUCCUCUUCUGUUGGACCCCCUUCCACCUGGCCACCAUCGUGGCUUUGACCACUGACUUACCCCAGACUUCCAUGGUCAUUGGGAUAUCCUACUUCAUCACCAGCCUAAGCUAUGCCAAUUCAUGCUUGAAUCCUUUCUUGUACGCUUUCCUGGACGACAGCUUCCGGAAAAGUUUCCGGAAGUUGCUGGAAUGCAGAACUUCUUGAG